AUGUCGUCCAUCCUGCCAUUCACUCCCCCAGUGGUGAAGCGGCUGUUGGGGUGGAAGAAGUCGCAGAGCGGACCGGGCGGAGCAGGCGCAGGGGAGCAGAAUGGCCAGGAGGACAAGUGGUGCGAGAAGGCCGUCAAGAUCCUGGUGAAGAAGCUGAAGAAGACGGGGCAGCUGGACGAGCUGGAGAAGGCUGUGGCCAUGCAGAACUGCAACACCAAAUGUGUCACCAUUCCCAGUAACUGCUCUGAGAUAUGGGGCCUCAGUACACCUCACACGAUAGAGCAGUGGGACAGCUCAGGCCGGUACAGUUACCCCGACCAAACCAGAUCCCUGGAUGGGCGUCUGCAGGUGUCCCACAGAAAGACCCCCCCUCAUGUGAUCUACUGCCGUCUCUGGAGGUGGCCUGACCUGCACAGUCACCAUGAGCUGAGGGCCAUUGAGGCCUGCGAGUACUCCUUCCACCUGAAGAAGGACGAGGUGUGCAUCAACCCCUACCACUACCAGAGGGUGGAGACCCCAGUGUUGCCUGCUGUUCUGGUGCCCCGGCACUCAGAGAUUCUGACUGAACUUCCCCCCCUGGACGACUACACUCACUCCAUCCCUGAGAACACAAACUUUCCAGCAGGAAUCGAACCCCCGAGCAACUACAUACCAGAAACGCCUCCUCCAGGAUACAUCAGCGAGGAUGGAGAGGCCAGCGAUCAGCAGAUGAAUCAAAGUAUGGACACAGGUUCUCCAGCGGAACUGUCCCCAAGCACUCUGUCCCCUGUCAGCCAUAGUAUGGACCUCCAGCCGGUGACCUACUCAGAGCCAGCGUUCUGGUGUUCCAUCGCCUAUUACGAGCUGAACCAGCGUGUGGGCGAGACCUUUCACGCUUCCCAGCCCUCCCUCACGGUGGACGGCUUUACAGACCCCUCCAACUCCGAGCGCUUCUGUCUGGGCCUGCUCUCCAAUGUUAACCGGAACGCCACAGUGGAGAUGACCCGCAGACACAUAGGAAGAGGAGUUCGACUUUACUACAUUGGAGGAGAAGUGUUUGCAGAGUGCCUGAGUGAUAGCGCCAUCUUUGUCCAAAGUCCAAACUGCAACCAGCGGUACGGUUGGCACCCGGCGACAGUGUGUAAAAUACCUCCAGGCUGUAAUCUAAAGAUCUUCAACAACCAGGAGUUCGCGGCUCUCUUGGCGCAGUCGGUGAACCAGGGCUUCGAGGCCGUGUACCAGCUGACCAGGAUGUGCACCAUCCGCAUGAGCUUCGUCAAAGGUUGGGGAGCAGAGUACAGACGACAGACGGUGACGAGCACACCCUGUUGGAUCGAGCUGCACCUGAACGGCCCCCUUCAGUGGCUGGACAAGGUGCUGACCCAGAUGGGCUCCCCCUCGGCUCGCUGCUCCAGUAUGUCCUAA